GAACUAAAAAUGUCAGGGAAGAGAACAAAGAUUAUGCCUGUCCCCCUAACCUUUGGGGUUGUAUUGAAUAAUAUUGACACAGUUUUAUAGAAAUCCAGUCAAGCGUUUGAAUCGUUGAAAAUUUGAAAGUAUUUAUCAAAGGGGUCAUCGUUCCAGGACUCAUUUAUUAACUAGAAACCUACUGAAAUUUAAAACUUUGACUUUAAAGCAUUCAUACAAUACACCCCCGCAAACAUUUUUCUUUAUUUCAAUUCAAACUACGGGGAAUUGUGUUAAACCAUGACGCCCUCGUUUUAUCGACAGGUUGUCAUGUGACUUCGACUUUUAUAAUAGAAUUGAUGACAAUUAAAAUAAAUACUGCAGUUAUUUUCAUUGUUGAAUGUAUGUAUUACACACAAAAUCAAAAAGGAUAGGCAGAUGAUACCUCGCUGUCAGCUUGAUUUCAAUUGACAGCAUUUACGGUUUAACCACGGAGCUUCGAAGGAAAACUGUCAACCUAAUGAAACUUCUUGGGUGUCAACUUUUAGUCGUAACCUGAAGAUCUAACGAUUUUGCGCCCGCACCACUAAGAUUGCUAAUGAAGUGAGCUGCAUCAAAGGCUUGAACAAUGACCUUAGUUAUUUUUUUUGCAAGCCUUUCUGUGAUUAUCUUAACUUUCCUUCUGGAAAAUCGUCAAGCCUUUGUCGACGACUGUUGGAUAUCCUUAGUUGAGACUGUCCCUAAAGAUAUGACCUAUGCCCCAGGUUCACCAUCACACCUGUCUACCUAUGACGGUCUUUUGUCUUUGAUUGAAGAAGCCAAGGACACAAUUGAGAUAGCCUCUUUUCAUUGGAUACUGGAUGCCCAAGAUGUACAUUCACUGCCAUCAGAGUGGGAAGAUACAAACCUUUUUCAACAUCUUUUGUCAGCUGGUAAAAACAGGAACGUAGAAAUCAAAUUACUUGAAAAUAAACCAAAUUCUGAAAUGCAAAGUCCAGAUACAGAAAUAUUAAUUGAAGACGCUCAUGCUUCAGUUCGACACAUUGACAUGAAAAAACUGUUGGGAGGUGGAAUUAUGCACACAAAGAUAUGGAUUAUUGACAGAAGGCAUUUCUAUAUUGGCAGUUCUAAUCUUAAUUGGCGCUCUCUCGCUCAAGUGAAAGAUCUCGGGGUUAUAAUUUCCAACUGCAAAUCACUCGCAGAAGACAUGGGCAAAAUAUUCGAUACCUUUUGGUAUCUGACAAAAGUUGAUGCAAUUCCUAAACCAUGGCCAGACGUGUACAACACCACAACCAAUAAAGAAAAACCUUUGAACAUCAAUCUCAAUGACAGCAAUAGCAACGUGUACUUAUCGAUUUCCCCACCUGCUUUCUGUGCAAAUGGCCGAACAGGUGACAUCGAUGCAAUUCUGGACGUUAUCAAUUCUGCUAAGAAGUUUAUCCACAUUGCCGUUAUGGAUUAUGCUCCUGCUUUGGAAUUUCAACAUCCUCCAGUGUUUUGGCCAAUUAUUGACAGAGCUCUUAGAAAUGUAUCAUUCACCAAAGGCAUUGAAGUUUUUCUACUUGGUAGCCAUUGGAAGCACAACAAAGCCAGUAUGUUCAACUUCCUUAAAUCUUUGGCUAACUUAAACAGCGCCUCAAAGGCUAAAAUGCAAGUGAAAAUGUUGGAAGUACCAUAUUUUACCAAGGAGCAAAAAGAGAUUCCUUCUUUGUGUAUUAACCAUAACAAAUUCAUGGUCACAGACACUGAUGCCUUUAUUGGGACAUCUAGUUGGAGUGGGGAUUACUUUACACCUGCUGUGGGCCUCGGAUUGGUUGUCAGAUCAACAAAAGCACAAAAACAUAAUUUCCACCAUCAACUGGAAGCAGUCUUUCAAAGAGACUGGAACUCUAAAUAUUCACAUAACCUAGAAGAUAUUGAUCCUACUAAAGUCUAAAACAACUUCUAAAAUUUUCUUUACGAAUUUGAGUUUACUAACCUCUUGUUAACCACUGCUGCCUGUGCUGUUACUGUGCGUAUUUCUGAGGUGGUUUCUUUUUUGUACCAGUGUACGAUGGGUGAAUCAAACUCUUUGCUUUGUUUUCAUGUUAUUUUAUCUAUAUGGAGAGUAACUGCAGAUGGAUGAGUAAAUAAAGUAUUGGACAACCAGCUGCAGUAGUUCUCAGCUAGGGUCCGUAUGACCCCUUGUGGUCCCUAAGCCAAAUAGCAUAUUGGGUCCGUGAAAAAGAUUUUGCUUCAGUUGUAUUUAUUGCAAAAAACAGUUAAGUAGUACUUUACAUGAUUCAUCCUACAAAAGGGAAUGUUUGAUAGGGAAAAUAGGAAUUUUGAAAGAAAGAUCUACAAAACUAGAUUUUCAAACAUCGGAAGGCUUUUGGGGUCCACCAGAAUAAAAUGGUAAUCAAAGGUGUCUUGAGAUAAAAAAAAUAGUUAAGAACCACUGAGCUAAAGGGUUACAAAUGCUAUACAUAUGCUCAUAGCCAAGACUCUUCACUUUCAGUGAUCUAAUUCUUAUGGCUUGUAUGUAGGGACCAUCAGGUGGACUGGUUAACCACUAGAAGCAACAGCACACAGGUAAAUUUGAAUCAUGCUUCACUAACUUGCAAUUCUGAAAGGGAGGUGGAUUUUUUUUGUUUGUUCAUUUUUCAUUGUUUUUUUGCUGAUAAAAUUGCUAGCAAUAUGACCCUAUUUGCAAUUAUAAUGAUAAUGAAAUUAUUGUAUGCAGUGCUCAGGUGCACCACAACUUGUCAAAAGUGCGUAUAAAGCAUAUGCAGUAAUGUACAAAUGUUUGGAAAGUGAGCAGUGUAUGAGUCAGAUACAUGCUUGAGUG